GAUUCAGAGUGCUCGGUGGACAGCUAGUGCCGACAACGCAGAGCUGCCAAAAUGAGCGAGGAACUGUCAGCAUCAGGGUUUGUGAGGAAGCGAGUGCAGCGGCUUGAGAGAUUGUUUCAAGUGAAAGGAGGUGCACCACUCUCAAAUGAGGAGCUGGAUCAGGUGCUUAAGUGGGAGGAAGAGGUUCGGGCACAGGAGGCCGCCAAACGUGAAGAACUCGAAGUGGAGAAGGAAAGACUCUCAAACAAAAUCAAUGAGUUGGAGUCCCAACUUGAGUGGGAGCACAAUGCUCGGGAACGAACUGUUUCCGAGUUGCGCUUUGCACAAAUGACAAUCGACAAGAAACAGCUCAAAAUACAAGAGUUGGAAAAGAUCAUUGACGGACAGAACAAGGAAAACCAGAGGAAUGUACGAGAAAUUAACUCCAUGAGGCAUGAUAUCGAGGGCAAAGAGGAGGAAGUCAAGGAGUUGGAACAACAACUUUCCCAGUGUGGACAGGAGAUUGAGAAAGGGUCUCGGGAAAUCAAGGCCAUGAACUUUAGGAGCAGCAAGCAGGAGGACCAGAUUAAAGAGCUGGAACAUCGCACCAAGAGGGAUACACGCGAGAUCCAAUCUCUCAAUCUGAAAAAUGAAAACCUCCAAAAACAGAUUGAAGAGCUGAAACAAUUUCUGGCAGAGGAGAAGGGAGAAAAGGACCAGAAAACACGCGAGGUCCACGGGCGCGACCAGGAUAUCAAGCGCAAGAAUCGUGAGAUUUCAGCCUUGAAAGCCGAGAAGCAGGAACUGGAAACAAAAAUAGACGAGCUGGAGCAGCUCCUGAAGCACGAGACCGGCGAGCGCGAACGCGAGACCACGGAGAGUAAGAGUCUGGCCUCGCAGAACAUCGAGCUGCGUCGUAAGCUGGAGGACGAGCACGCCAACUACAAGCGCAAGCUGCAGGCGUACCAGGAUGGGCAGCAGCGCCAGGCACAGCUCGUGCAGAAGCUGCAGAGCAAGGUCCUGCAGUACAAGAAGAAGGUUGGUGAACUUGAGACGUCCAUCAGCGAGCGCGAGAAGGAGAGCGAAGCUGCCAAGUUCGACGUAAGUCUCGCAAGAGGCGAUUUGGAGUCUACCCGUGACAACUUGUCUCGGUCGCUGGAGACGUCAGAAGCCCGUCUGCGUGCCAGCGAGGAGGAACACAGCAUGGAUCUGGAGAACGCCUUGAUCAAGCUGGAGGAGGAGCAGCAGAGGAGUGCUAGCCUGGCCCACGUGAACGCCAUGUUGCGUGAGCAGCUGGACCAGGCCACGCAGGCCAACCAGCAGCUGACCGCCGACAUCCAGCGUCUGACCCAGGACUGGACCCGAGCCCGCGAGGACCUGGAGAACAAGGAGGCUGAGUGGAGGGAGGAGGAAGCCUCCUUCAACAGCUACUUCAGCCAGGAGCACGGUCGUCUGCUGGGUCUGUGGCGUACGGUCAUGUCGCUGCGCCGCCAGUUCGCUGAGGUCAAGUCGGCUACCGAGAGGGACAUGUCUAGCAUCCGUGCAGACAUGACGCGGUCCUCUCGCUCGCUGCACUCCGCCUGUCUGAACCUGCAGGCCAACACCCGCAUGGCCGACUCCACCACGUCCGUACAGCUGGACAAGGAGCGCGCUGACCGCUCCGACCUGGAGAACCAGCUGCGCGAGAAGGUGAAGGAGGUGAUCACCCUGCAGAGCCGUCUGGACACGGAGCGCUCGGACCUGAGCGGCCGGAUCAACGAGCUGUCCGUGCAGAACGAGCGCCUCAAGCUGCAGGUCAGGGACCUCAACAAGACCAUCGAGGGCCUGGAGACCAGCCGCGCCGAGGCCACCCAGGAGCUGGAGCGGUCCCAGGCCGAGGCUCUGCGGGACGAGACGGAGGCUCUGCACCAGGCUCUGCGCGACAUCGCCAACGUGGUCAUCACGGACGCGGACGGCGCCGGGGAGAAGGACGACGACACCAUGGCUGACGCUGACCUCAGCCUCAGGUCCACCUCUCCCAGCCGUCUGCGCAGCCCGUCUCCGUCUCGGCGCUCCCCGAGCCGUGGACGGUCGCCAGCCCGUACCUUCUCUCCCGCAUUUGCCGAGUCCACCCUGGGCGCCGUGCAGGCUGCGCUGCAGAAACGGCAACUCCAAGUCCAGGAGCUGAGGGCCAAGCUGAACGCCCAACGAGACCAGGGCGGCUCGCUCAAGAAGCAACUGGACGAUGCCGACAACGAAAGGAGGCGUCUUGAGAACGAAGUCCUGUCUUACAAGGAGAGGCUGGAUGCAGCUUCUCGUGCCAAGGACGAUGCAGUCCGCGACUCUAACCGGUUCAAGAACGCCCUGGACCUGACGGGCAGCGAGAAGUCUGCCCUGGAGUCCAUCCGCUCCUCCCUGAACGAGGAAAUCGAGGCCUUGAACGCCGAGAACCAGAAACUCCAGGCCGCCAACGCCGACCUGCAGCACCAGAGGGACAGUCUGGAGGACGAGAAGGACGAUGUCAUCAAGGACAAGGAGCGUGGGCAGAAGGAGAUCGAACGAUGCAACCGUGUGCAGGAGCAGAUGGAGAUGAAGAACUCAGCUCUGCGUGAGGAGACGGUCACGCUGAAGGAGGCUCUGAACCGAGCUAUCCUGGAGAAGGAGGUGCUGGACCAGGAGAAGGCAGAGAUUGCUGAAUCUCUCUCCAAGGUGGAGCUGCAGCGUGCUGAGCUGGAGCUAGAGAUCAGCAAACUGAAGACGGAGGAGGCCGGCCUCAGGGACUCACUGCUCAAGAUGCAGGCUCUCAACGAGGGCCUGGGACAGGACAAGAUCGAGCUGAACAAGAUGAUCAUGCAGCUGGAGGCUGAGAAGGCCUCCCUGAUGGGAGAGAAGGGAGAACUGGAGCAGGAGAAGUCCAGCCUCAAGGACGAACUGGUCAAGACUGAGCAGGAGAAGAUGGAGGUUGAGAACAUGAAGAGCGGCCUGGACCAGUCACUGGUGCUGACAGAACAGACCAGGGAGAAGCUUGAACAGGACCUCAUGUCUGUCCAACGGGAGAAGGCUGAGAUCUCUGAGCAACUGUCUCAGACGACACGCCACAAGAACGCGCUGGCGGAGGAGCUGCUGCAGUCUCGGCGUGAGGUGGAGAGGCAGAGCGACACCGUGGUCCGCGUCGCCAAGGAGAAGGAGGAACUGACCAAGGAGAAGGCCAACCUCGUGGUCCAACUGACCGCUGCCGAGCGCGAGAACAGGGCUCAGUCUGAGGAGAUUGCCACCCUGCGCGCAGACAAGGAGAGCCUGGAGACCCAGCUGUACGACUCCCAGACGCUGGCCUCCGAGCUGCAGACCCGCAAGGAACAGCUAGAGGGCGAGAACCAGACCAUCCUGCUCAACAAGGAGGCACUGCAGGUUGAGAUCGGUCGCGUGCGUAAGGAGAUGGAGAUUGAGAUCACCAAGCUGGAGCGGGACAAGGAGGCUCUGAACCAGAAGCUGGCGCAGCAGGAGCGGGACAGCUCGCUGGCGCUGAAGAACGCCCAGCAGUCGCACGAGGAGGACGUGGACAGGCUGAUGAGGGAGAAGGAGACCCAGCGGCUGGACAUGGAGUCUGAACGCGAGGAGAUCAUCCACAAGAACACUCAGGAGAAGGACGACAUGGUGGCCAGGUUUGAGAAGGAGAAGGAAGAACUUGCAGAGGAGCUGGAGGCUCUGGCUCAGGACAAGGACGAGAGUCUGCUGCUCGCAGAGAACGACAAACAACAGGCCCUCUCCCUGAAGGAGCAGGAGAAACAGACUGUGGUGGAGAAGCUUGGCUCUGCCCAUCGUGACAUCGCUAACGCCAGCAUGGAGAUGGAACGUAUGAAGAGAGACGCCUACAGCAAACAGGAGCAGGACAAAACCACCAUCAACUCUCUCAACCAGGAACUCAAGAACUUCAGGGCUCAGUUCGAGGAGGCAACCAAUGCCCACGAGCGUGAGAUUAAGGACCUGAACGGCCAGAUCGCCGAGGUCAGGAAGCAGCGGGAGGCGGCGCUCAAGGAGGUGGCUGAACUCAAGACGCAGCUGAAGAUGGUGGAGGAGACUCGUGACGGCGUCCGCCGGGAUCUCAUCGAGGCUCACCGCAGGAUACGUGAAGGUGACGAGGACCGUGAACUGAAGCGUAAGGACAUCAUUGACCUGAAGCGCAUGAACAACGAUGAGAUCCGGGAGAAGGAGGCCAUCAGCAAGACUAACGAGGAGCUCAGGCAGAAGGUCAAGAAGACGGAGGGAGAGAAGAGCAACCUGGGCAGGGAGCUGGGAGAUGCUAAGCAGAGGAUCGGGGUCCUGACUGAGAAGCUGGAUGCUGGUGGCAAGGAGAACUCGGACCUGCGUAACAGUCUGCGGGAGGUGGAGAAGAGCCGCCUGGAGGCCCGGCGGGAACUGCAGGAGCUGCGGCGGCAGGUGAAGAUGCUGGACAGCGAGAGCAAGAAGAAGAGUAAGGAGGUGGAGGAGCUGCAGAACCGGGUGUCUCGGGAUGAGGAGAAGGAGGAGGAGGCUCGCCGCGAGUCGUACGGACUCAAACAGAAGGUGAUGGAGACCGAGGCCAGCCGCGAGGCUGCACAGAAGGAGAUCGCCUACCUGCGCAGGAAACUGGCCGAGCUGGACGACGACAGCAAACUCAAGGAGAAGGACUAUCUGGCGACCAUUGAAGAGGGCCGUGCUAAUGAAAGGAAGAUGAACGACCAGCUGCGUAACCUGGAGAUUGCGCUGGAGAACACCAAGGCCGACGCCGCCGACCUCAGCCUCAAACUCAGCGCUGCUGACGGCAGGGUCAAUGGCCUGGAGGCCGAACUGUCCCGUCUGGAGGCCCAGAAGCGUGACACUGAGUACAAGCUGGGCAGCCUUCACUCCGCCCUGCGCCGUACCCUGGGCAUCAGCCGCAUGGGUCGCUCUCCCAGCCCGGGUCUCAUGCGUACCCGCUCGCGCAGCCCCAGCCCCACACGCCGCGGCAGACCUACCUCCCCGACCAAGGGCUUCGACAGCACCUUCGCCACCACCACGGACGGCAUGGGUGAGAUCAUCCCGGAUACCGGCUCGCCCGGCGCGCUGGAGAGGAGCCUCAGCCCCGCACGCCGCUCCAUGACCCCCACACGCCUGGAGACCUCCGCUCAGGACAUCGACCCAGAGGUCGUCCGAGGUGCUCUCAGGGACUUCCUUCAGGAACUCAAGGAGUCGCAGCGCGACAAGGAGGAUGCCCAGAUCAACAACAAGAACCUCCAGCGGCAGCUGCAGGAGAUGCAGAGUCAGCGGGACCUGUACGAGCAGCGUCUGCAGCAGCUACAGAAGACUCUGGGAGAGACAGAAGAGGGUAAGCGAGGCUCCGACGGGCGCCUGAGCGCGGCGCAGACCGCCCUGAUGCUGCAGGAGGAGACCAUCCGGCGUAACGACCGGGAGAGGAAGGGUCUGGUGGAGAAGGUGUCCACCCUGGAGCGCGGCCUGCAGUCAGCAGAGACAGAGAAGAGGCAGCUGGAAGACAAGAUCAACAAGAUGAGGCAGAAGGAGGGCAGCCUGGAGGCCGACAAGAAGAAGCUGAAGGAGAACUGGGACAAUGCGGAGAACCGCAACACCAAGUCAGAACUGUCUCGCCGCUCACUGGAGGGAGACCUGCAGCGCAUGCAGCUGGCCUUCAACGAUAAGGAGACAGAGAACCAGGUUCUACAGGACCGUAUUGACAGCCUGACUAAGCAGAUCCAGGACCUGGAGGGUAAGGCCACGUCCCUGCAGCUGACUGUGGACAGGCUGUCCAUGGCUCUGGCCAAGACUGAGGAGGGAGAGAGCCAGCUCAAGGACAAGGUGCAGAACCUGUCCAUGACCCUGUCGGACAGUAACGCCACGUCGCAGACCCUGCAGGAGAAGAUCCAGCAGCUCCAGAAGGCCCUCACCAGCAGCGAGCACGACCGCCGCGUGCUGCAGGAGCGCCUUGACUCCACCAGGCAAGCCCUGGCCGAGGCUAAGAAGAGUAACCACAGCCUGGGUGAGCGCGUACAGCUGCUACAGAACGAGAACGCUGAGGCGGACGUCCGCCGCAUGGAGCUGGAGGGACAAGUCCGCCAGUCCCAACAGAUGGUGCGUGAGCACAAGAACUCGGAGGACGAGGCCCUUCAGAGGAUCCAGAAGGUCCAGGAGGACAAGCGCGUGCUGCAGGAGCGCAUCACCGGCCUGCAGCGAGUCAUCGCACAGCUGGAGACCGAGAAACGCGAGACAGAACGUUCCGCCGUCAGGCUGGAGAAGGACAAGUCUGCACUGAAGAAGACCCUGGACAAGGUUGAACGAGAGAAGAUGAAGACAGAGGAGACCACUCUGCAGCUCGACAACGAGCGCUCGACCAUCGAGCGACAGAUGGGCCAGCUGGAGUCUGAGAACGUGGAGAUGCAGCGGCAGAUCCAGGCACUGCAGGCCACGCUGGCUGAGACUGAGCAACAACAUGCACAGAGGUUGAUCGAGCUGACCACCCGCCAUCGUCAGGAGACAGAGAUGGAGACAGAGCGACUCAGGACCGCCCAGCUGCAGGCCGAGCGUACGCUGGAGGCUCGGGAGCGCGCACAUCGCCAGAAGAUCAAGGGGCUAGAGGAGCAGAUCGCCACCCUGAAGGACCAGCUCCGUCAGGAGAUGCAGAAGAAGCAGCAGCUGCUGACCCGCUCCGCCCGCGCCCUGGAGGAGUCCCGCGACAUCCACGGCGUCCUCGGGGACUCCCUCCGCUCCGUGGCCCGCGACACCUCCCUCGACCCCCUCCUCCUGGAGCACGAGACCAAGAAGCUGGACGACUCCAUGGACUACGCAUCCCGCAUGGGCGCCACAUCCCCACCUACGAGCCUCGGGCGGCGUAACGGCGGGCGCAGCACGUCCCCCUCCAGGAUCGGCCGUCCCUCCUCGACAUCGACUCCUGCUGCGGCCGUCCGCCGUUCACCGACGGCCAGCAUCGCUCGCCGCUCCAGCCCCACACCGAGCUCUCUCCGACCUCUCAGGAAGUAGGGCGCAAGCAACCGGGCACGCUCGGUCCCUUUAUGACCUUAAUGACACAGUGUUAAGCUCACGAGCCAAAGCAAACGUUUCCAUCUUUAAGAACAAGACCAGAUUUUUCUCUCCCGGUUGUACCUGACAAACAACUCGACUUCCGUGCAGCCAGGCCUGCUUUCUGCUACAUUUGGCAUUUCAGGAAUUUCUCGGCCAUCUUUUUAUAAAAUUUGAAUCUCGUGCACUGAAAUUCUAACAUGGUGUUUUGCACCUUUAACUUCCCACUGCAGGGAAAAAAUAUAUAUAUAUGUAUGAAUUAUAGGUAGCACUUUUGAGGCAAUAAGAGACUUGUGACGUCCCGAUAUAUGCAAACAUAGCAGACUCUAGGGAAGCUUAGAAACCAAGAAAAACUUUUUUGCACAGUACUGUAGCAUUGGAAACCAGCAAACAAGAAAGGUGCUUUUUUAUGCGAUCGAAUCUUUGCAGUGUGCCUUUCUCUCAGGUGCGGCAAAGACUCAUGCGUGCAGCUAAGAAAUAAACUUUAAAAUCAUCCGACAAACUUAGCGUACUAUUGUGACAAUGAUCAUUCCACAAGGUACCCAAUUUUUUUACAAAGUUGUAGAGGAGUUUAUUCCAAUCUAUUCCAUAGAACUGUAGAGAAAGUUUUGGGAAGAGUAGACAUAUCAGAAUUUUCCGAAUUAUUCGGUACACUGAAUUUGGGAGCAACUAUAUCACAUUGGCAGGGGGAUGUAUUUUCAUUUGUACUUGUGUAAUUUGCACCUGUUUGUGAUGUAUAGAGUGACACGUGAUUGAGAUAUUUUCCAAUAUGCGCAGUGUGUGAAAAAUUGUAGCAUAAAGGAUGAUAGUAAUGGAAGGGACAGAGUUUGGAUUGACUUGAAAAGUGUGUGCGAUUGGACAUACUCGGAUGUUCGUUUUUGACACUUGACGCAGUUACUUGACCAUUUUGUGCUUGUCUUUAACUAAUAGUGUGAUGAAUAAUGUGUGGAAGAGCAUUGCUAGCAUGCUAAUAUUAACCUACACGUAGUUUGGAUGUUUCGUUACUUCUCAAGUGUAAGGAAGGCAAUAAGUGUUGAAGGCUACAGGUAGAAAUUACGACAGAAUGAUUUUGUGACUGAGAAGAUAAUGACGAAAGUUUGUAUAUUGAUACAUUGAUUGUGUGAAAAGCCACUUGUAUGGCAAAUUUUGAUUUAGUGUAAGGGAAAGCUUGUGUGUAUGUUAGAUGUAAGAUUGUGGACUCCCCCCACCUGUUUGCUAUGGUUGCUUCCACAAAAGAUGUACUUAAUCACUUUGCCGAAUAUAAACCUGAUGAUGUACAACAUUUCUAUGACAAUAUUUCCACUUGGAUUGUAUGUAAUAGAAGCAGUGGAUUCUGUGACAACGUUUUUUGCAUUGCCUACUGAUGAAGGAUGUAUAUGAUUUGCUAAGUAAGAGAAGUGGAUAAGAAAAUUGUACCGUCUGCAGUGAGAGGUCAGUUUGUAGUGUUCUGUACUCUUUCGUAUGUUUUGAUGUAGCUUUAUUUGUGUGUAAUGAAGUAAUAUAGUAUGUUCUGAUUUCAUCUUUUUCAACAUAGUCAUUUGUGUGUAGAUCAUAGUAUUCCAUAGAUGUGUUUCCAGUGAUCGGAGGAUAUUUUGCAGCAUUUUUUUUCUCACACAAUCAUUAAUGUGGAUGUCAUCACAAGUCCGUCCGUUGUGAAGUUAUUUUUUUGCCUUUCUGCAAUUUUUGGUUGUCAGGGCUGAGAGUAUGAUAAGGAGAUUGUGAAUUGUUUCUGUAUGUCACCUUGUGCACCAAAUGGUUUUACUAACGGUUGGGAACCAAUAAAGAGUGUAUUUUGGUGUGGAAA